AUCAAACCACCGAAACCAGAACGGUCUCGGUCUCGCCAAUGCCGUCCGCCGCAGCCGCCGCCGGCGAGCACUCCCCGUCGUUCUCCCCCGCGGUGACGACCGCGGACGGGUGGCACCCGCGCACGGUGGAGAGGCGCCUGCUCCACCUCCUGCACCACUCCCCCCUCGCCAGGCGCCGCCCGCUGGAGCUCCUCGCCUUCGCCGUCCGCCACCGCCUUCCCUGCUCCCCGCCGUCCCCGCACCACCACUUCCUCGCCGCGCUCCUCCUCCUUGCCUCCCCGCCUCCCCCCUCUCUCCCGCUCCUCGCGCUCCUCCCUCCCGACGACGGCGGCCCUCCGCCUCCGCUCCCGCUCCUCAACGCCGCCGUCAAGUCCCUCUCGGCCACCUCGCCGCCGGCCGCGUUCCGCAUGUUAUCUUCCCUCCGCCGCAUCCACUCCCCCGACCGCCUCUCCUUCCUCCCCCUCCUCGGCUCCUCCACCUCUCCCCGGCUCCACUCCGCCCUCCACGCACUCCUCCUGCGCCUCGGCUUCCUCUCCCACCACGCCAUCGCCCUCGCGCUCCUCAAGCCCUACCAUCUACCCCACGCGCGCACCCUGUUCGACGAAAUGCCACAGAAGAUCAGGUGCGCCGUCUCCUACAACACGCUCAUCACGGCGUGUUUCAGAACCAGGGAUAUCCUCGCCGCACGCCGUCUGUUUGACGAAAUGCAGCGGCACAAUCGGUCCAGGAGAAGCGUGGUUUCUUGGAACGCCAUGAUCGCUGGGUGCGCGCGGUGCGGGCGGGAUGACAUGGCGGUGCGGUACUUUGAAGACAUGGUAAGGGAGGGCGAGGUGGCGCCGGACGACGGGACCCUUGCGGCUGCGCUCCCUGCUUGCGGGAGGACGGGUAACGCUGGUGCGGGGAGGUGGGCGCAUGAGUAUGCGCGUGAGGCUGGGCUUUUAGAUGGGUCGGUGCAUGUUGUGAAUGCGGUGAUCGAUAUGUAUUGCAAGUGUGGCGAUGUUGGUAGCGCGAGGGAGGUGUUUGAGCGGAUGCGACAGCGUACUGUUGUGAGCUGGAACACGAUGAUCUCUGGGUUCUCGUUGAAUGGGCAAGGGGUUGAGGGGAUUGAUCUGUUCCGGGAGAUGAUGAGGUCUGGAGAGAACCCCGAUGCAGUGACUUUCCUGGGGGUGCUUGGUUGCUGUGCCCAUGCUGGGGCGGCAAAUGUUGGGCAGGAGAUUUUCCAAAGUAUGCAGUCAGAAUAUGGAAUUGAGGCAGGGGUUGAACAUUAUGGAUGUAUGGUGGAUGUACUUGGAAGGUCCGGCCUUCUUGAGGAAGCGCAUGCACUGAUUCAAGGGAUGCCAAUGAGGCCUAACGCUGCGAUAUGGGGGGCACUUCUAAGCGCUUGCCGUGCUCAUGCUGGGCUCAGCAUUGCUGAGGUGGCUCUCAAAGAGCUUAUUGACCUGGAACCUUUUAAUUCAGGGAACUAUGUCCUGUUGGCCAAUCUUUAUGCGGAAACAGGACGUUGGGAGGAGGCAGGGGAUGUGAGGAAACUGAUGAGGAGGAUGAGUGCGAAAAAGGCUCCAGGACAGAGCUCAAUAGAAGAACCAAGUUUAAGUUGACAAAUGUGUGCUUGUAUUGCGUGUUAACUGUGGAAAUAUGCCUACAACCGAGAGUCUGAGAAGGCAAAACUGCAAAGAUGGCAUAUAAGGAAAAGGCUAUAUGCAUUGGCCAGUCUUAUCAAGGGAUCGCAGGUCAUAUUUACAGAGUGUUGAGCAAGCGCAUCUUGUGGAAAAUAAAACAGAAACAGUACAAGGGAACCGUUUGGCCAUGAGUUAGGGCAACAAAGGAUCUGGAAGAUGUUAUUUCAUUACCGCUUGCCAGUGAUCAUCCUGAACGCUUCCAUGAAGUCAAAAUGUCAAAAAAGUUAACUGACAAUCUUCUACUGGAGAGUUUGGUAUAAGAGUCUGCAGAUCUGCACUCUUUGGAUGUUUGUAACUUCAUGCAGCAAUGCACCCCAAAGAAGCAAUUCAAUAAGUCCCCACGGAUGCUUAGGGACGGCCGAGAAGGAGGCAGGCAUUUCUUUCUGCGUCCCAUUGUUUUGUCCUUCUCCCCAUGAAUCCCUUCACCAAACCAACUUGUUGCUGGCUUGCUGCUGCCGUCCCAGAAAUAAACAACUUUGCUGCCACUUGCUCUGUGCUCCCUCGUGUUGCCACGGAGGGGAAGGAAGGGACCACGUAUAUGUAUGGAUCGACGCCGGUGGUUGCCGGCGGCGGCCGGCGGCGACGAGACAGCAGUUGACCUCCAUCAGGAGAAGAUCCGGCAGGAGAUAUGCACUCCUAACUGCAAGUGAAGUGGUCCAGGGGAGCAGGCAUCUUAGCUGUUGGAUGGCACUAUGGCAGUCACACUCACAGAAGAUCCAGCAGGAGAUAUAUAUGCACUCCUAAUCUUAAUUAACUCGGCUCAAUGGGAAUUCUUAAUCUGUCACGGGUAUCAUUAGAAGGAUAAAAUAGAUCUAGCUCUAUCAUGGUGGAAUAGUAGUGUAGCAUAUAAUUUGUGGAGUACAGAAAAGAGAGAAUUAAGUUACGGCAAGCAUUCAUUGUUGAAGUGCUGUAGUCUGUACUCUGUAGAGUGUGGCCUUGCAGUUAACAGUAAAGUACUCCUACCUAUUCUUUUGGUGUCUGUCUUGACAAUCUUUUU